AAAGGGCGAGAGGAGGGGGAGGGGAUUCGCCUCUCUCUCUCUCUCUCUCUCUCUCUCUCUCUCUCUCUCUCUAUCUCUCGAUCUCGAUCUCGAUCUCGAGAUGGGUUCCAUGGAGACCCCAAUACCCUACGCCCCGGCGCACGAUAACGGCUCGGAGGAGGUGGAGGUGGAGGAGAAAGGGGAGGAGACGGAGAUGGGGCUGAACCCCGUGGAUCCAUUCCUUGUCGAGGCCCUCGAGAACCCUCGCCAUCGCCUCACCGUUCUGCGGAUGGAGUUGGAUAUACAGAAGUUCAUGCAGAACCCUAAUCUCCAGGAAUUUGAAUUCCAGCACUUCCCUACAUCAUACCUUCGGUGUGCUGCUCAUCGUAUUGCCCAACAUUAUGGUUUAGAGACUACUGUAGCAGAUAGCAUACUAGACGGUUCAAGUAGCAGAAUAAUUGCAAGAAAAACAUCUGUAAGCAAAAUUCGAUCUAUCUCUUUAUCAGAAAUCCCUUGUAAGGUGAAUGACACCGAGACGAGAGAAAAGUUUAGGAUUGCUAUUCGUCAAAGACCUAAUAAAGUUUCCCAAAGUGACGCAAAUGUUUUAGAAACCAAGAAAAAUCUAUUGAAAACUGUUGAAGAGAGAAAGGAGGAGUAUGAUAAAGCACGGGCCCGUAUAUUCAGUGGUACUAGUGUUACUGACCCUGAGAUUCCAUUGCCUUCAGCUACAGCUGUUGGAAGAAACUUGUCUUUAGAAAGAGAAGAAUCAGUUAAUUUCAGGCCCUUGGUUGAAGAACAUGAUAAGAUAACCAUAAAUGAUUGUCCCUCUAGAAUUGCCAUUUUCAGGGACAGGGAAAAGGAUCGCAAUGACCCGGAUUAUGAUAGGAGUUAUGGAAGGUAUUUUCAGGGUCUUGCUCCCAACCCUAACUUCUAUAUAGGGGCUUUUGGUGCCCUUCACCCUCCACUUUUGCAAUAUGAUGGGAGUUUUCUGCAGUUUGGCAACUUCCCAGGAAACCAAACCUCUUUCAACUGUGGUAUGGCAGAUUCAACUAUGAAUGCCUUGCCUGCCGUUGGGUAUCAACAAUCAUUCAGUGGAGCUGCAUACCAGCAGUGGCCUUCGUCUACUAUGAUGUACACAAACUGCUAUUACCAUCCUAGACAAGCCAUUGUUCAGGUUCCAUCCUACCAAAGCUUUGAUCAUUCGCACAACAGCUAGAAGUUGGAGGGUGCAGAUUGUUCAUCAGUUUUUAUGUUGCCUAAGCUAUGGUAAAGUAGAGAAACUGAGAAUGAUAUACUCAUAUGUAUUCUUUUGAUUGUAGCAAUUACCUAAACUAAAAAUGCUUAACAUAUUAUGCUAGUUUGCUCUUGUACACUAUUCUAUGUUGAAACUCGUUAGUACAUGAAAGACAUGACUUCCUUAUCCUUGUUUGGUGUGAAGUAGAUUCUUUUCUCUCAUUUAA